AUGCUAUCCCUCGGCGCCAUCCGCAAGCUCUGCGCCGCGUUCGACGCCGUCGCGCUCACCGUCAUCGCGGCCGGGCUCUCCCGCUCCUCGCACCACCCGUACUCAGUGUACGCGCACUCCUCCCAGCCGGACUUCCCCACUAUCGCCUCCUGCCGCGCCGCCGUCGCCAGCUCCAAGUGGCGGCGCCGCCAGCCCUCCACCGCCGCUGCGGCGCCGGCGGCCAAGGGGUCCGCGGGCGUCGAGCCCUCCGUACUGAUGAAGAUCAAGGAUGAGAGGGACCCGGUGCGGCUGUACGAGCUGUUCAAGGUCAAUGCGCACAACCGCCUCCUGAUCGAGAACCGGUUCGCGUUCGAGGACGCGGUGUCGCGCCUGGCAGGUGCUCGACGGAAUGAUCUCGUCGAGGAGAUACUCGAGCAGCACAAGGCGCUGCCCCAGGGGAGGCGGGAGGGGUUCAUGGUGAGGAUCAUAGGUCUAUACGGCAAGGCAAGGAUGCCAGAGCACGCACUGCGCACGUUCCGUGAGAUGGGGUUGUAUGGAUGCCCGCGCACAGCCAAGUCACUCAAUGCCACAAUGAAGGUGCUAUUGCGAGCGCGGCUGUUUGAUGAAGUCCUGCAGUUGUUUGAGGGUUCAGAGUCAUACGGGGUUGAGUUGGAUGACAUUUCUUACAAUACAGUGGUGAAAAUGAUGUGUGACAUGGGGGAGCUGCGUGCGGCAUAUCGGGUUAUGCAGGAAAUGGAGAAGGCAGGUGUGAGACCGGACGUCAUCACAUACACAACGCUGAUGGAUGCAUUCUAUAAGUCUGGUCAGCGUGAGAUCGGGGAUGGUCUGUGGAAUCUCAUGAGGUUGAGGGGUUGCAUGCCAACACUUGCCAGUUACAAUGUGAGGAUCCAGUUCUUGGUUUACAUGAGAAGGGGCUGGCAAGCAAAUGCUCUGGUGAGGAAAAUGUAUGCAUCAGGCAUAAGGCCAGAUGAGAUCACAUAUAAUCUAGUUAUUAAGGGUUUUUUCGUUAUUGGUGAGCAUGAGAUGGCUAAGACAGUAUUUGCUGCGAUGCAUGGGAGGGGAUGUAAGCCAAAUGCUAAGGUUUACCAGACAAUGGUGCAUUACCUUUGUGAGAGAAGGGAGUUUGAUUUGGCAUUCAGGCUGUGCAAAGACAGCAUGGAGACGAACUGGUUUCCAAGUGUUGAUACCAUUAACCAACUGCUAAAAGGCCUCAUGUCAAUUUCAAAGGACAGCAAUGCAAGAGAGAUAAUGAAAUUGCUAAUAGGAAGAAAAUCUUCCUAUUCAAAUGAUGAAGUCAAAAACUUCCAGGAUAUAUUGUCGCUUGGGAAGGCCAGAAGAUAAUUUGAGUAUGUGACUGCUGGAUGGAAUUCUUUCCUUUAGAACUUGGUUGGCACUCGUGCCAUGCCUGACUGAAUGCAAAAACAGCAAGAAAAAUAAUGUUGGAAUACAGAACAGCAGAAGCUACAAGGAAUAGUAUUUUGGACAAGUGGGCAUUCAAGCAGCAUUGUUAUCAGAAUCAAUUGAUGACACAAGGCAGACAUUUUGUUGACAGUUCCAUUUGUUCCGUUGGCUAGAGCAUCGAAGAAAAACAAACAUAUAGAUCAAUCACGGCAAAGCAAUUUUUUUCUCGGCUUAGUAAGAGAUGAACAAUAUUUACCUCAAAAUUUUGGUACAUGUACAAUCAUAGAGUAGCAUAUGGAUAUGGAUCAGUCAGUACAGAGCAAGUUCGUUAUCAGAUUUGCAGAUGGAGCAUCCAGCGUGUGUUGAGCUACGUGCCUGAGGAAGUGUCUGAAGAUCCCCUGAAAUCUCGAUGCAUUUUGCCUAACUAGGAAUGACUGGCAUUGUUUCUGAACGUGCCCGGGAGGGAAAAGAAACGUACGGAAUAAUAUUGAAAAUAGAUUUACUGAAGAUUUUUUAGUCCAAGCCUGGGAAUCUACCAUUGACAGGUAGCAUAGCCAUUAACUCGGUGAUACUUGUGUAUUAAUAUGUUCACUUCACUACACCCUUUUCAAGUUCAUUUCACUACACAUGUAAAUUUACACGAUUACUUUCAGUCUUUUGUUACAUUCAUUAAUUAUAAUAAAAUAUUAUCCGGUGCUCCA